AGUCAGAUUCGUUUUUUCGGUCGUCGCGUUUUAGUAGAGAUUUUCUGGACGGAAAGCCAUAUCGGAAUUUUCAAACAAAUUUCUACCCCGUGAAAUUGGCCGUAGCGAAUCAAUCUGUGGUGUGAAGCGUCGUGUUAAACAUCUUUUGCAGAAAUCGUGCAGAAGGGAACAUCUUAUUUCUGGCCUCUGUGUUUAAAAAAGAGGAAAACGCUGCUAGAUUUUUUCCCCCUUUCAGCGUCUUUUUUUUCUACGAAUAGUUCCGAAAAUUUGUGACAUUUCUUUUAAGAAUCGAUUUCUCUUGAAAUCGGUGUGUAAGCAUCCAAAUGAAGGAAAGUUGAUUGCAAUUAAUCUUAUUUUUUCCGUUUGUCUGGGAAACUCAAAGUUUCACGUAAAAUUGUCUGCCCUUGGUCCAAUAAAAGGAAGAGAAUAGGACAUCGUCGAAGGGUGUUUCCAGAUUAGAAGAAAAUCUGGUGCUGCUGACUAGUGAAGGACAAUUCAAGCAAGCCGUGACACGGGAGUGAUAACUUUAGUGUAUGAGUGUAGUACGUACAUGAGCGGAACGCUACGGAAUAUCAAAAAGGAAGUAGCGAGCUGAAAAAUAGAAGAUUGUGAAGAUGUACAGUAAAAUGAAUGGAUACCCAUCGUCAACAUUUAGGUCGAGUGGCGGACGAUUAUGGGGAAUGUCACACUCUCUCCCAUCUGGAAUGUCCAAUUAUGCAUACGGCCAGGAUUCUGACUUUUCAUACUCGUCACGGACGCGAAUGUAUGACAUGCCGAUGAGCAGCACAUUCGGAAACGCACCUCCUCAGCAUACAUCGUCUUCGAGUACAAGUUCGUUGUCUGGGAUGAACUUCGGAACCGGUAGUAGUAAUUAUUCUGGCACAAACUUGAUUGUCAAUUAUAUACCGCAGGAUAUGGCAGAAGGAGAACUAUACUCGAUGUUUUCUGCGAUGGGCGCAAUCGAAACAUGUCGUAUCAUGAGAGAUGUGAAGACUGGCUAUAGCUUUGGCUUUGGUUUCGUUAAUUUUUUGAACGAAGAAGCAGCACAGCGAGCUAUAAGGUGUCUUAAUGGUUACACGGUUCGAGGCAAGAGAUUAAAAGUGUCCUUCGCAAGGCCACAAAGCGAUGCGUUGAAGGAAACCAACUUAUACAUAACAAAUCUUCCGAGAACCAUCACUGAAGACCAGUUAGAUAUUAUUUUCGGUAAAUAUGGUCUCAUCGUUCAGAAAAAUAUCUUGAGAGAUAAGUUAACUGGCCACCCACGAGGAGUAGCAUUUGUAAGGUACAACAAACGAGAGGAAGCUCAAGAAGCGAUAUCGGCUUUAAACAACGUCAUACCACAGGGUGGUACACAACCGUUGAAUGUUAGAGUGGCAGAAGAUCAUGGUCGUGCGAAAGCAGCCCUAUUUGUCCCGUCGUACAACUCUAUUGUUCACAAUAACCGAGGUAGAGUACGAGUGCGCAAUAAUCCAUAUUAAUUUGAUAAAUCAUAUACAUAGCAUACGCUUCUGCAUCUUUCUGUAUUCAUUAUCAGUGUAUUAUAAUGAAUUAGUGUUUGGUUGCGUAGAUAUUUUUGAGUUUUUGAAAUUUAUUUCUCAAAAUCAGACAAGUUUACUUAAAAGUUUAUUUGAU